AUGAAACUUUUUGAAAUUGCUUACUAUGUCCCUUUAUCUGGAUUCACCAUUUCACCUUCAAAAGCUGCUGACUUAUAUGGGUUUUGUAAUUUAACCUGCAUGGCUGUUAUUUGCUUUUGGAUUGUGAUAAAAAUGGACGUGCUUAUUUUCCUUUUUUUGAAGGUUUAUAUUAUUUGUUCUGUUUCUUGUGUGCCUUCUCUCUCGCAUUACUUUGAUAUAUGCUUCUGUAGUUUGCUGUCUCUUUCUACCUGUUCUUUCUUUUCUGCUUAUUGUACCGUAAGGCCAUCAUCUCUCUCCGGUGGAUACAAUCACCAGGCUUUUCGUCCUUAUGGACCUGCUUCAUCACAAUGGGGAUCUCGUGGUCCUCAUCAUGCACAGUUCUCACGUUAUGAUCAGCAAAGAGGGCCAUUUCCUUCUCAAAAUUCACUGUACCCAACUCCAUCAUAUGGUAAUUAUCCUCCACAAGAAGCACCAAGAGGCAGUUUCGGUCCAAGUUGGGAGCAGAGGCCCACAGUGGCAAUGCAGGCGCCCUCGCCACAGGAAAAUUGCAACUAUGGGCAGCCACAGGGUGCUGAUCAUGGGCAACCAGAUUCUUAUUCUCAAACACCUGUUCAACACUAUGGUCAUGGAUAUGGCGAACAAGCUCCUGUAUCUUCAACUCAAGCAUAUGGCCAAAAUGUGCCACCUCAACAUUCAUACCCAUAUGCAUCUAGUGCACCAAUGCAGCAAAACUAUCCUCCCUAUGGUUCCGUACCCGCUGCAGAUGGAUACAAUCACCCAUCACCUGCUACAGCAUCUUCCGCUUAUCCUCAACAAGCUGCUCAGCUGGUUGCUGGGUAUGGUCUACCUGGUGGACCGGGACUUGCAGGUGGUUAUCCUUACCGAACGCCACAGCCUGGCUACACUGAAAAACCUGCUGCAAAUAAUGCUGUUUACGGUUAUCAAGCGCAAGCAGAUCUUGCUUAUGGAAGUGCCCAAGCUCCAUCAGCUUAUGCUGCAUCAACUCCUGGACAGUUGGGUUAUGGUCAACCAGCUCCAACACAGCCUGGCUAUGAUCGGUCCAUUCCUCAGCCAGCAGGGGAGUACGCAGAUGUACCCAUGGCAGCUGGUUAUGGGAAAAGUGCGUCGCCCCAGCCUGUUUAUCCCUGA